AUGCAGCGCUCGAGCAAGAUGGAGUUCUUCCAGAAGCUGGGCUACAGCCAGGAGGACGUGGCCAGGGUGCUAGGCAAGCUGGGCGAGGACGCCCUGGUCAAUGACGUGCUACAGGAGCUGAUCCAGACGGGCAGCCGGCCCAGCGCGCAUGAGGGCAGCGCCGCACCCCUGCUCGUGCCCAGGGGCUCCUGCGGGACCCUGGACUCUGCCCAGUGCAGGCUGGGAGCGGACUCCGGAGAGGACAGCGGAGACCCUGCCAGCUCCUUGAGACCCAUAGUGAUCGACGGCAGCAACGUGGCCAUGAGCCAUGGGAAUAAAGAAAUCUUCUCUUGCCGGGGAAUCCAGCUGGCCGUGGACUGGUUCAGGGACAGAGGACACACCUACAUCAAAGUUUUUGUCCCCUCCUGGAGGAAAGAGCCACCGAGGUCUGACGCCCCGAUUAGAGAGCAGCACGUGCUGGAGGAGCUGGAGAGGCAGGCAGUGCUGGUGUACACGCCGUCCCGCAAGGUGAGCGGCAAGCGCGUGGUGUGCUAUGACGACCGCUACAUUGUGAAGGUGGCUUACGAGCUGGACGGCGUCAUCGUCUCCAACGACAACUACCGCGACCUGCAGAGUGAGAACCCCGAGUGGAAGUGGUUCAUCGAGCAGAGGCUGCUCAUGUUCUCCUUCGUCAACGAUCGGUUCAUGCCUCCUGAUGACCCGCUGGGCCGUCGGGGACCCACCCUGAGCAACUUCCUGAGCAGGAAGCCAAAGCCCCCAGAGCCGUCCUGGCAGCACUGCCCCUACGGCAAGAAAUGCACCUACGGCAUCAAGUGCAAGUUCUACCACCCGGAGAGGCCGCACCAGGCACAGCUGGCGGUGGCCGACGAGCUCCGCGCGCAGACGCGGGCCUGGCGGGGCGCGGGCGGCGAGGAGGAGCGGCGGGGGAGCGCGCGCGCGGCCAGCCUGGCGGAGCAGGGCGGCUCCCGGGACGCCCCCGCCGCCCGGCCCGGCCCCCGGGAGCCCGGCACGCGCAGCCUGCCCACCGCGCGGCGGUCGGCGGGCGUGGCGACUCUCGAAAGCAGCUUCUCGCGGCUCUUCCUGAGCGACGACCCGGGGCUUCUCCGGGCGCCCCCUCGGGGCCCUGACUGCGGCCUCGCGCCCGCGCCGCCCGGUCCCGAUUGGGUGGCGCCCGGGUCCUUGUCGUCCCUGCCAGCCCCACCCGGCCUCCUGAGCCCGCCCGGCCUGCGGGGUGGGUAUGGCGCCCGCGCCCCGCAGAGCGACCGGCCUUCCCCGCGCCAGCAGCCCGGCGACCCGUGGGUCCUUCCUCCAGGCGCUGGCCAGCUCCCGGGCCGCUCGGCCUGGGCCGAGUCGGACUGGGACGACGGUGCCUUCGGGGGGCCCUUGAGGCCCGCGCCCCAGGCUGUAGCUGGCGAGGUGGACGCGCGCGCCAGGGCGCGCACCUCGCUCUAUAGUAUCUUCCCGCCCCGCGAGGUGGACAGCAUCAUGGCCCUGUUCCCCGAGCUCUCCGACGUGGCCAGGCUCAUGCUCCUCAUCCAGAGAUUCCAAAGGUCCAGUGCGCCCGUGGGGAAGCGCUGA